AUGCCCCCUUCCCCUCAGAUCACCCUUCUAAGCCAACUAAACAGGUCAACCAAAACCCACUACCGCCUCAUUCCCGUCUCGCCCCUCGAGCAAUUCCGCCACAACAUCUACAACCUCAUCCGCACCACACUCAUGUCCAACGAUUUCGACUUUACAAAACCCCGGAGCGUACCCGCGCCUCCAGGGCUCAAGAAGAUCGCACCGUAUUGGUAUCCGUAUACCACGAUGACCAAGAUGAGGUGGAUUGGGAGGGAGCUUUUGGAAGUCGUUUCAACAGAGUUUAGGGAUCGGUCGAUGGAGUAUUAUAGAUAUGCUCUGGAAUCGGGUGUGACGACUGUGAACGGCCAGGUGGCUUCACCUACUACGAUAUUGAAAGAUGGAGACCGAAUCGAAAACGUCGUCCAUCGCCACGAACCACCAGUAACCGACACUCCAGUCCGCAUCCUCCACAGAGACGAUGAACGUGAAUUCAUAGUGGUGGAUAAACCAGGCAGCAUCCCUGUCCAUGCUUCCGGAAGAUACUACAAAAACACGUUGAUUGAAAUCCUCGUUCAUGACUUUGGGAUAAAGAAAUGUUAUCCUGCAAACAGGUUGGACCGUCUAACCUCUGGACUAAUGAUCAUGCCCUUGUCCCCGGAACGCGCACGUACGCUCACUGAAGAGUUUACAGCUGGGACAGUCAAGAAGGAAUACGUCGCGAGGGUAAAGGGAAAGUUCCCUGAAGGCUCUGUAGUGUGCGAGCAGCCCCUCCUCACAGUUGAUAGGCAAAUGGGUUUGAAUAUUGUCCAUCCCGACGGAAAGCCUGCAAAGACUGUCUUCACCCUCAUCCGCUACGACGAAAACACCAACAGCAGCGUGGUGAAAUGCGAACCCCACACUGGUCGAUCACAUCAACUUCGCGUACACCUUCAAUACCUCGGGCAUCCCAUCGCCAACGACCCUAUAUACUCUGAAGAGCGGAUAUGGGGCAAGAAAUGCGGAAAAGGGGGCAUAGACACCACACCCAGCAACGAACGAAGCGCUCCUGCUCCCCCUCCGCAUCUCCAAGCGCUGACAGAGUGCGUCGGAAGUCCCGAGUCUCUCAGUAAAGAUGCGAGUCCCGCCAACGGCGACUCUGCAGCACCCAGACCUAAACUGCUUCCACGCGAAACGGGAGAUGACAUUGGAAUGGGUUCCCCUGUGCCUUUGUCAGCGGAAGCCGUUGGUGUUAUCACCCGGUUGAGGAACAUGAAAGACGAAGAUGAAGAUUGGAGUCGAUGGCGCGACGUAGUAUUCCGAGUGAAAGGUGCCCUCAACCCACAUCACCUCGUAGUCAGCCCUCCUCCACUCCCUAACAAACGGAAGAAAGGCGGGAAAGCAACAUUGUCUUCCAAGAAGCCUGUAAACGCGCCGACCAAUGGAGCCAACGACUCGCCGCCUUCCGAACCGACCACGCCCACCACAACAGAAAACGCAGAAACUACAGCCCCUCCGAAUCCACCUCAAUACACCGAAGCCGAAAUUGUUGAGAAAGUCAAGCAAGCCGACGCAUCUCCUGACGGUUCUGCAAACACAACCGCAACAAUCCCCGCCGUAAUAGGCGAAUCCGACAACCUUUAUUGCCCCGAGUGCUAUCUACCCCUACAUCCAGACCCGAAACCGGAGAAGUUGUAUAUUUUCUUGCAUGCGCGCAAGUACACCACGAGUUUGGGGUCGUUCGAAACUGAGAUGCCUGAAUGGGCCGCUCCUGGCUGGACCUGGGAUCAGAGUUGA